UUGCUAACGCGCUGCACUCUGUUCCUCUCCCCAGGCUGGUUGCUGGCGGUGACGCCGGGUCCCUGCAGCCGGCUCUGCCCGCGGACGGGCCAUGGCUCCCUAGUGCUCCCCGGCCGGGCGGCGAUGGCGGCGCAGCGCAUCCGAGCGGCCAACGCGGGCGCGCUGCCGCGGUGCAAGUCGGAGGGGACGCUCAUCGACCUCGGCGAGGGCCUGGCCGAAACCAGCCUCUGCGAUGUCAAAGUGCCUUCUCCAAGUGCCUUGCUGAUCGACAAUCCCACAUGCUUUGGAAACGCAAAGGAAGUGAUAGCAAUCAAAGAUUACUGCCCAACUAAUUUCACCACUUUGAAGUUCUCCAAGGGGGACCACCUUUAUGUCUUAGACACAUCAGGAGGGGAGUGGUGGUAUGCUCACAACACCACCGAAAUGGGUUACAUCCCUUCCUCCUACGUCCAGCCUGUAAACUACCGCAACUCUUCCUUAACGGAUAGUGGGAUGAUAGACAAUCUACUGGAGAGCCCUGACGAGGGGGUCAAGGAGUUAGACCUGCUUGGAGAGUGGACUGACGUGAAAAGGAACUCUGGAAAACCCUACAGUAACAACCCAUUCUUGAAUGGUGUCCAGACAAACCCGUUUCUGAAUGGGAAUCUGCAGACAGUGCCCAGCUCGGACAGAGAAUCCAACUCCAACGUCACUGUUGACUUGCUGCUCUUUGACACGGGGACCCCUGCUUCAGCUGCUUCCAGUUUGGCUGCUAAUAGCAGCCUGGGUAACGUCUUUGAUGAGUUUCCCUCUACAACCAGACUGGAUCUGGAGCAGCCAGUGAGAAGGGAUAAUCCCUUCUUCAGGAGUAAGCGCUCCUACAGCUUGUCCGAACUGUCCGUUCUUCAGGCCAAGUCGGAUGCUCCAGCAUCAUCAGGGUUCUUCAGCGGUCUGAAGUCUCCCACCCCUGAGCAGUUCCAGAGCCGGGAGGACUUUAGGACAGCGUGGUUGAACCACAGGAAGCUGGCUCGGUCUUGCCAUGACUUGGAUUUGCUUGGUCAAAAUCCUGGCUGGGGUCAGACGCAACCGGUGGAGACCAACAUUGUCUGCAAGCUGGAUAGCUCUGGUGGGGCCGUUCAGCUUCCAGACACCAACAUCAGCAUCCGUGUGCCUGAAGGCCACGUGUGCCCUGGGGAAACGCAGCAGAUCUCCAUGAAGGCAAUGCUGGAUCCACCGCUGGAGCUGAACAGUGACAAGUGCAGCACCAUCAGCCCGGUCCUGCAGAUCAAACUGAGCAACAUGGAGGUGAAAACCUUCAUCAUCCUGGAGAUGAAAGUGUCAGCAGAGGUCAAGAACGACAUCAUGAGCAAGAGCUUGGUAGGUCUGCAGUGCCUGCGGAGUGACAUGAAAGAGGGGCCAUACACACCAAUGCAGCUGAGCUACUCCUAUGGGGACACAAUCCAGGUGCAGCUGGAGAACCUGGAGCCUUGCAUGUACAUCGCAGCUGUAGCCCAGGGGCAGAACAUCCUUUACCCUUACACAGUUUGGGAUUACAUCAGCAAGAAGAUCACGGUUGGUGUCUACGGCCCAAAACACAUUCACCCCUCCUUUAAAACUGUCGUGGCCAUGUUCGGGCACGAGUGUGCACCUAAGACUCUCCUGGUGAAUGAGGUCACAAGACAGUCCCACAGUCCAGCUCCUGUUGCCCUCCAGCUCUGGGGGAAGCAUCAGUUUGCUCUGUCCCGGCCUCAGGACCUCAAGCUCUGCAUGUUUUCCAACAUGACCAACUACGAGGUGAAAGCUAGCGAGCAAGCCAAGAUUGUGCGGGGCUUCCAGAUGAAGCUGGGCAAGGUCAGCCGCCUCAUCUUCCCCAUUGCAUCCCUUGAUCCCAAUGAGCUCUCGGACUUCACGCUAAGGAUACAGGUCAAGGAUGACAAGGAUGCCAUUUUGACCCAGUUCUGCGUCCAGACCCCACAGCCACCUCCAAAAAGUGCCAUCAAACCAACGGGGCAGAGGCGGUUCCUCAAAAAGAAUGAGGUUGGGAAGAUCAUCCUUUCACCUUUGGCUGCCACCACCAAGUAUCCAGUUUUUCAGGACCGGCCAGUGUUGAGCCUGAAGUAUGGCAAGCUGCUGAAGACAGUGGUAAGGCAAAGCAAGAACCACUAUUUGCUGGAGUACAAGAAAGGAGAUGUCAUAGCCCUCCUCAGUGAGGAGAAGAUGAGGUUGAAAGGGCAGCUGUGGACCAAGGAGUGGUACAUUGGCUACUACCAGGGGAAAAUAGGUCUUGUACACACCAAAAACGUGCUCGUGGUUGGGAAGGUCAAGCCCAGCUACUUCUCUGGGCCGGAUCUGACCACUAGCCUAUUGCUUGAGCAGAUCCUGAGGCCAUGCAAGUUCCUGACCUACAUCUACGCCUCUGUGAGGACUCUGCUCAUGGAGAACCUCAGUAGCUGGAGGUCUUUUGCCGAUGCUCUGGGGUACUUGAACUUGCCACUCACCUUCUUCUGCCGAGCGGAGCUGGACAGUGAGCCGGAGCGAGUGGCCUCUGUGUUGGAGAAGCUGAAGGAAGACUGCAACAACAGCGAGAACAAGGAGAGGAAGUCUUUCCAGAAGGAGCUGAUGACGGCCCUGCUGAAGAUGGACUGCCAGGGGCUGGUGGUGCGGCUCAUCCAGGACUUCGUGCUGCUCACCACAGCCGUGGAGGUGGCCCAGCGCUGGAGGGAGCUGGCUGAGAAGCUCACCAAGGUCUCCAAGCAGCAGAUGGAUGCGUACGAGGCCCCGCACCGGGACAAGACAGGGACAGUGGACAGCGAGGCCAUGUGGAAGCCAGCGUACGACUUCCUUCUCACCUGGAGCAGCCAGAUGGGCGACAGCUAUCGCGACGUGAUCCAGGAGCUGCACACUGGGCUAGACAAGAUGAAGAACCCCAUCACUAAGCGCUGGAAGCACCUCACUGGCACCCUGAUCCUCGUCAACUCUUUGGACAUGCUGCGAGCAGCUGCCUUCAGCCCACAGGACCAUGAGGACUUUGCCAUCUAGGUCCUGCAGCGCUGGUUUUGUCCGUAUCUCCUUUGCUGGGGUGUUUAUCCUGUGCUUUCCCCACCUUCUUUUUUAAGCAGUUGACUAAAAAGAGAUGGAGGUUGUUGC